GCGGGGCCGGCUGUCGUGACGCGCGGCGGUCGGGUGUGUGGUGUCCUCUGUCCGCUGGGCCGGCGGUGGGGCUCCGAGGAGCGGCGGCGAGGGCGGCCUGCGUCCGGCACGGCCAUGGCGGGCGCGCUGGUGCGGAAGGCGGCGGACUAUGUCCGGAGCAAGGACUUCCGGGACUACCUCAUGAGCACUCACUUCUGGGGCCCAGUAGCCAACUGGGGUCUCCCCAUUGCCGCCAUCAAUGACAUGAAAAAGUCUCCGGAGAUCAUCAGUGGGCGGAUGACGUUCGCCCUCUGCUGUUACUCCCUGACGUUCAUGAGAUUUGCCUACAAGGUGCAGCCUCGCAACUGGCUCCUGUUCGUGUGCCACGCCACCAACGAGGUGGCCCAGCUCAUCCAGGGCGGGCGGCUCAUCAAAUACAAGAUGAAUGAGAAGGCAUCAGCGUAACCAUGGGCAGGGAGGGCUGGCGCUGCUGAGCCACCGGCUCCGUCGUCAGGACGUCCUGUUGAGCACCCGCUGAUGCUGUUUUUACUAACCCAACCAUUUCCACCGAGACAGCGAGAGCCCCCGAGCCCCUGACCCGCCCCGGCUGCCUGGCAAGUACUGACUCCCCCCCCUCCCCCUAAAGAGUAGUCACCCGGGCAGUCGUUUCCGUGAUUCCCGCGAUGCUUGCUCCGAGCUGUUAUCUGUUAGAAUUUACUGAACGAGCAGCGGAAGAGAACAAAGCCUGUGACUCUUAGACCUGAGUGCUCUGAACUCUUGCCUUGUUCUGUAAUGACCAUGAGACAACCCACAGCUGGCUCCAUCCUUAAGAUCUCACCCCCAGGGUCUGAAAAGGACCCAUUUCCAUGCAGUGUGUAUUCUGAAAGGCUGUGACUUAACGGCAAUAAAUGAUUUAAAUAUUGGUCAA